AUGGAGCUCGGCCCUAAUGGUUUGCUCUGGUACGACGCGAAAUACAGCAUCCUGAUCUGUCGAGAGUGCCAAUAUGCGAUCCAAAAAAACGCCAUCCAGAGCCACCUUCUCCGCCACAAGAUCUACCGCGAUGAACGACGUAACUUACUGGCUGCCAUCGCCGAGCUGGAUAUAGUCGAACCCAAUGAUAUUUCUGUGCCACCACCAGGCCUAUCACCUAUUGAGAGUCUGCCAAUAGCAUCUGGGUAUCGAUGUCUCGUCGCUGGAUGUGGACAUCUUUGCGCCAGCUCGAAGCGCAUGAAGAGUCAUCAGAGCGAGAGCCAUGGCCAGGCAUACCUGUCUGACUUCGACUUACUUGCGCAGGAAGUAAAGCUUCAGACGUUCUUUCGGGGAAACAAACUGAGGUAUUUCGAGGUCACUCCCCAGCCAACAAGAGCCGGUCCAACCGUCACCAGUAAUCAAAGGGAGAAAGGCACACAAAGUAAGCAGGGCAACAGUCCAGACCUUGCGGUAGAUGGGAAGGAGCAAGUUGGCCAACCGCGUGGCUCGCAGGCAUUGACCCCGGACCUGGAAAUGCUGCGAUAUUUUCACCAUUUCACAACCGAAGCCAUCCUAACGCUUCCGUCCAAUCACGAUUUCGCCGGUUCAGAGAGCUAUUGGACAGGAAUUAUUGUCCCGUUAGCUCUGCAACACCAGUACCUGAUGUCCGGCUUGAUAGCCAUCUCAGCGGCUCAUAUGGCCACACUUCAGCAGCCUUUUUCGAGCAGUCAUGGCCAUCGUCGACGGUCGGCGGAGUUUGCGGUCCAGUUUUUCGACACUUGGAAAAGGUCCAGUAAAGAUGCCUCUAUGUCUACCGAUGUUGUCAAGGCCGGGACCCAGAUAGCAUGCAUUCUGAACUGUGCAUGUUGGGUGUCCCGCGAGCUUGCCCUCGAUGGAUCUGAACCCAAGAGUUCCGAACUUGAAUCGAUACUCGCAACUAUGCGAGAGUACGGUUUCGGGUCGACCUCUUCCCAAACUAGUUCUCAAGGACGCACGCGGGGCCUCGGAGAUAGCAGUCCAUCGCGACCUCGAAAUUCGGGUAUGCCUAGCCCAAAUGCCGAACGGUUAAUCCAGCUCUAUGACCUCCCAUUAAGCCUGGCAGAUGCGCUUGGGAAGCCCGAAAAUGUCCACGACGUCCUGGUCACACUUGAAGCGAUCUCAACUCUGAUCGAGUGCUACGGAAAAGGCUGCCCAUCGAAUACCCUUGAUGUAACGUGGCAGAGUAUGACUGCUUGGCCGGCGAGAAUACCAGAACACUUCCAUAAGCUCGUGACCGGAAAUAGGACGCCUGCCCUCAUUGUACUAGCCCAUUGGGCCGCUUUUUUGGUCAAACCGGUCGAAGAGCACGGAUGGUUUUUAGAUGGCGCGGCGGAGAAGAUGUUGCGAUUGAUAAGGGAGCAAUUGGUUCAAAACCACGAUGGGCCUGAAAUCCUAUGCCUACUACCGUAA